AUGCUUCAACAACAAACCAAUAAUUCAAAGGAUACAAAAGAUCCAUCAACAACAUCUUCACAGACUGCCACAGAAUCAACAAGUACUGGUGUAAAUAAUUCGGAUAAAGCAGCCGAUUCACUCUCUCAUGAUGAUAAAAUUAAAUUAGAAUGUGAAACGUUCCUGCAAUCACAAUUAGAAAAAUACGAUAAACAAGAUUGGUCUGAUUUCUCAACUGCAGGUAGAAGUCGCAUCUCUCAUCAAAUGGCAGAACAAAUUGUUUUUAAACAAGGUAUCGAAAAUUUUAGGAAGGAUAAUCCACUUUCAACACUCGAACCUAAAUUCAAAACUAAACCCAAUUGGUUCGGAUAUGGAGUAGAAGUUGAAAUGAGAUUAAUUGAAGAGUGUCCAACCAAUGUUGGAAAACCAUAUAUUAUGACUCAUUGUUAUGAAUGUUAUUUCAAUGGUGAUGGCAAAUUGAAAUAUUUCAAAAAGUAUUUAUUAUAA